GAGUGUUUAAAUAUUUUUAAUCUUAUUAACUGAAGUUCAAUAAUCUCAUCAAAUUGCUCUUAUUGGCAUAUAAAAUAACGUCAUGGUUGAUCCGCACUCAAACACCAAAGAGGUGUAUACAAUACAAUUUUCCUCAGAUGUGGGUACAACACCAAGCACCAAUGCAAAUUCACCAAUCAAAGAAGCUGAAUAUCGUAUGUAUGGAAAACGAUGGUUAAUCUUGGGUAUAUUUGUAUUUUAUUCAGCAUUGAAUGCAGCACAAUGGAUACAAUAUUCAAUUAUUGCAAAUGUUAUAAGUAAAUAUUAUGGUGUUCGAUCAGUAUUUAUUGAUUGGACCUCAAUGAUCUACAUGGUCACAUAUAUUCCAUUAAUAUUUCCAGCUAGUUAUUUGUUAGACUUAAAGGGUUUACGCUUUACUACUAUAAUCGGUUCAUUUGGUACAUGUUUAGGAGCUUGGAUAAAAGUCUUUUCUGUAGCUCCAAAUUUAUUUGCAGUUACAUUUAUUGGACAAACAUUUGCUGCGCUAAGCCAAGUUUUUAUAUUGAGUGUACCGGCCAGAUUAGCAGCCGUAUGGUUUGGACCAGGUCAAGUUAGUUCAGCUUGUAGCAUAGGUGUAUUUGGAAAUCAAUUGGGCGUUGCAAUCGGGUUUUUACUACCACCCAUGCUUGUUAGAAACAGUGACAAUAUAGAUGAAAUUGGAAGCGAUUUAAGAAAUAUGUUUAUAACAGUUGCAAUAUUAACAACAAUCAUAUUUGUCUUGGUUUUAUUCUUUUUUAGCGCUGCUCCCUCAACACCAGUAUCUGCUGCUCAAGCAAAGCAACAAGAAGCUCCUCAAGAACCUUUUUUUAAUUCAGUUAAAGCAUUGCUAAGCAAUUGGGAUUAUUUAAAAUUGCUUAUUUCGUAUGGUAUUAAUGUGGGUGUAUUUUAUGCAAUUUCAACUUUACUAAAUCAAAUUGUGCUACAAUACUAUCCUGGAGCAGAACUUCACGCUGGACGUCUUGGUUUAAUGCUGGUCUUGUCUGGAAUGGUUGGGUCGGUUGUUUCUGGAAUAGUAUUGGAUAAGACACAUAGAUUCAAGGAAACAUCGUUUGGAUUGUACCUAUUUUCAUUAUUAGGUAUGAUUGUAUACACUUUUACAUUAAAUUGUGGCAUAGCUGUAGUUUACGCUUCAUCCAUUUUACUUGGUUUUUUUAUGACUGGUUAUUUGCCAGUUGGAUUUGAGUUUGCAGCUGAAUUAACAUAUCCUGAACCGGAAGGUACCUCUGCAGGAAUAUUAAAUGCAGCGUCACAGGUAUUUGGUAUUGCAUUUACAUCAUUGUAUUCGAUAAUCCUCACAGAAGUUGGUGAUUUUUGGGCUAAUAUAACAAUGUGUUCAGCUUUGGUAGUAGGCACAAUUUUGACGUUAUUAACUAAAUCGAAUUUAAAACGCCAAGCUGCUCAAAAAACUUAAGCGGUUGGAAGAAAUUUGAUGAAACUCAAUUGGCCCAUGUUAGAGUUUUAAUUUUCGUUAUUUGAAAAUUUUGGAAAAUUAUUUUUAGAUUUAAGUGACUAACGGAACAUAAUGUUUUAUCUGUUUAAAUCAACAACAACAAAGUAAAAUUUAAACGCAUUUAAAUAGUCGACAUUAGAGUAACAUUUAAAACAUUUUUUAGCGACUGGACAAUUCGCCUUUCAGUAAAUAAUGUACUUGAAUACUGGAAACUAUAACUAAAGGCUAAUCAUAAACUAUUCUAAAAAUAUUUUUCCAAUCUUUUUCCAGUUGUUUAGAGAAUAAUGGUUCUCAUUAAUUAAAUUUAUAAUCUUUACUUAGCCCAAACAAUGGCUCGUACCCUGGCGUCACUCAUUACAAUUAUGGUGAUUCGUAUUAAAACACAUUUCUAACCUACUCCAAUAAUUAUCUAAUUAACGUCUGAUUUAACGAUUGUGUUUUUUGAUACUUAAAUUGGAUCUAAUCGUCGUUCAUAUCAACUAUAAAGAGUACAAAACUGAAAUAAAACUCAUAAAUGGUUGUCAAACAAAUCUAUGUCGACCAAAUUUCCGAUCCUUUUUAAAAUUCGUUUCAAAUAUAAACUGAAGUUGCAUACCCGUACGUUAUUUAUAAUGUAUGUAAAAAAUUUCAUUUGUAUAUUGAUAUAAAUAAAUUAUAAAUCGUUCUAUUUCAGAGUAAACGUGAACCAAAAUUAUCGGAGUAGGCUAGAAAUUUUUUGAAAGAAUUCCUACAAUUUAUGUGAAUGAUAUCAGGGUUAGAGUCCCAACCCGUUAUUCGGGUCAAAUACUGGUCUAUUAAGAAUGUUUGUCGGGUAGAUAAACAAUUUGCCAAAAUUAUUUACAUCGUAUUUAUUGUAAUAUAUUAUGUGUUAAUUUAUUAUUGUUAAUGUGAUAUUGUUAUUCAACAAUUUGGUUGAAAUUAUAAAAGAGAUUAUUUAUAUACAAUGAUUAUUUUAUAAAAUGAAUUUUAAAUUAUUGUUGUAUUAAUUCAGUCUGUAGGGAUUCAUAAUUUACAAAAAUUUAUUUAAAGUCUCCAAAAAAUGCUAAACUUAUUUAGAUACGUCCAAGAAGACGAGUACGUUAUAGAGCUUUGCCAUUAGCAGAGCACUAUAUCUGGCCCACAUACCUGCCAUUUAAUAAAAUAUAUCAAUCAAUCAUGCAAUCUUGGAAAAUGACUUUUUUUACAUUUUGAUCCAUAUCUUGCGUUCGGUUCAUUCACAUUUGAUAAUUUUGAUAUCGUUGAACUUGCCUGCGUUUUAUCUCCAAAUCCAUUUAUGUCAAAGAGCUACGAUUGAUAGAAAAAAAGUUUUUCGUAAAAAGUCAAAAAUUUUUUCCUGAAUUUCUUUUUGUAACGGUUUUUGCAAAUAGUUUUUUAAUAAUGCACCGCAACUGUCAAGAGAUAUCAAGCUGAAAUUUUUAUAACGUGCUUAGGAGGUAAAAAGUGAAGUCGAGUUCGUAAAUGAGCAACAUAGGUCAAUUGGGCCUUGGGUCCGCAGAACCCAUCAUUUAAACCGUUAGCGGUUAGGGGUAGAACUAAAGUUUAAAUAUAAAAGAUGUUCCUUGAAUGAAAAAAAAGAGCCGGGGGAAGAAAAACAAUAGCCGCUCGAAAAUUCGACUCGUCUUUUCAAUCGUCACUUUACUAAAGAAUCUACAUUCGUCUUCACCUAUUCACUAGACAUUUUACUGGAGACUUUACAUUAUUUUUACACAUUAGUUAAGUACUUGAAAAUAAAUUUUGGUGGUUUUCAAAAGCUUAUUAUGUCCCUACAGGGUAGAAUAUAUAUCAUGCGAUUUAAACAAGAGCAAAUGAAAUGGCAAAAUUCAGUCUGCCCGUUUGAUUUCUCAAAAUAGAGAAAGCUGCCAAGGCAGACUACGAAAUUUUAUGCGGUCGUUUAAAAAACUGAGGGUCUAACAAAUAGUUCAUGCUCGUCACUGGUAAGAGAUAAAAAGGGAUUAAUUAUAUUGCCAUGUUAUUCUUUGUUAAGCCACAAACAAUUUUUGUUCAAAACAUUUUUUCCGUAAACUUACUUACGUCGAAUUUAUUAAGUUAACGAAAAAAUACUAUGAACAAAAGUUGUUUGUUCUUACUUUUUUUAAAAUAAUACUGCAAUAUAAAUUUUUCUCAAUCUCUUACCAGAAAAAACUCUACCACGAAUAUCCUGUGUUAGUAACAACUACGACCGCAUAAAAUUUCAAUCUCCGCAUUAGAAACGAUCACUUUUUUAAUAUUCAAAAGGGCAAUCUGUAUUCUGCCAUUCAUUUUUUUUUCUGUUAAAAUCGAAUGAUCUAAUAAAAGAUUUGUCAAAAAUCACUUUACUAUAUUAAAUAUUGGCCUACAUUCCUUUUUUUGAAAUAAAUAAGAAUUAUUAUCAAAAAUUAAAAAAGACUGAGUGACUUCUUGCGAUUAUAAUCUUGAAGACAUUGAUGCAAGUAUUAAAACCACAUUAUAUCGUGGGAAUAGAAAUAAAAAGCAUUUAUUAAAUAUAAUUUUUCAUUGAAGACAAUCGUAAAGUGUGUUUUGAAAAUCUUAAUAUACAAUUCAAAAUUUAAAGAGUGAAAAACAAGCUAAAUUUAUCUCUAUGUCUGUUAUAUUUGUAAAUUAUUUUAAGUAGAAAGUUUUAAAAUUAAAAUUGACAAUAAAAAACGGCAUCUAAUUUUUGGAUUAGAUAUAGUACCUGAAUGUUGUUAAAGAAGAACGUGUAGACUGUAGGAAUAAUAUUUAUGAUGUCUCAUCACUCUUGUUACCUAAUAGGCCUUUUCAUCGAUUUGCUUUUGUUUCGGAAAGUCCAAAAAUUUAACUAUCUAAUAUAUUUUACCUAUAUCAAUCAGCGCUUUUUAAUGAAGAUAGAAGAUAUGUGAUAUGUCUUUACUUGAUUGACAUCUGUGCGAAGCAAAAAAGAAUCAUUUUUCAAAUGAAAAGCCCUAUUGGAACACGUUUUUUUUAUGUUUUAAAAGAAGUAAAUCAAAUAUAGACAAUAAAUAAUGUAUAAUCAUUCGUAGUUUCCGUUCCAAAGAUUGUUGUUAGGGAAAUUUUCCCCCAAUUGUGUGAUU